AUCAAUACUACUUCCGGUUUGGGUUGUGACACGUUGUUGUGAUUGUUUAUCUUAGUGUAACCAUCCAUCAUGAAGGCACUCAUUCUAGUAGGAGGAUAUGGAACAAGGUUACGACCUUUGACCCUCAGUGUCGCCAAACCACUGGUAGAGUUUGGGAACAAGCCAAUGUUACUUCAUCAACUGGAAGCUCUAGUAGAGGCUGGAGUGAAGCACAUUAUUUUGGCUGUUAGCUACAGAGCUGAGCAGAUGGAGCAGGAACUCCGGAAUGUAGAGACCAAGCUAGGAGUAAAGAUCAGUAUUUCCCUGGAAUCGGAACCUCUUGGAACAGCGGGUCCACUUGCCCUGGCCAAAGAUCUCCUAACACAAGACCAUGAGCCAUUCUUUGUGUUGAAUAGUGACAUUAUCUGUGAUUUCCCAUUCAAACAAAUGGUUCAGUUUCACAAACAUCACGGACGCCAGGGUACCAUUGUGGUGACUAAAGUAGAGGAGCCCUCUAAGUAUGGAGUGGUGGUAUACGAUGCAGAGAAUGGGAGGAUCCAAAGAUUUGUAGAGAAACCACAGGAGUACGUCUCCAACAAAAUCAAUGCAGGAAUGUACAUCCUCAGUCCCUCAGUAUUAGAUAGAAUCCAGUUAAAACCCACAUCUAUAGAAAAAGAAGUAUUCCCUUUUAUGGCAAAUGAUGGUGAUCUGUAUGCUAUGGAGUUACAAGGUUUCUGGAUGGAUGUAGGACAGCCAAAAGAUUUCCUGACGGGAAUGUGUUUGUAUCUCAGUUCACUACGAGAGAAGUCACCAGACCUACUACACACUGAGGACGGCAUUGUGGGAAAUGUCCUAGUGGAUCCCAGUGCCAAAAUAGGAAGAAAUUGUAGGAUAGGACCAAAUGUGACAAUUGGUCCAGACGUGGUAAUCGAGGACGGAGCAUGUAUAAAGAGAUGUACGAUACUGAAGGGGGCCCGAGUCCGGUCUCACUCAUGGCUGGAGUCCUGUAUUAUUGGUUGGAGAUGUGUCGUGGGGAGAUGGGUGCGGAUGGAGAACGUCUCAGUGUUAGGAGAGGACGUGACUGUUAAGGACGAACUUUACAUCAAUGGAGGGCGGAUCCUCCCCCAUAAAUCAAUCAGUGACUCGGUUCCUGAACCCCAGAUCAUCAUGUAGACCCCAUCACUCAAAAGGCACCAUAUCCAAACAGUCAUGUUUACAAAUACAGUCUGAUAGUUCGUGAUUUUUUUAAAUUAUUUAUUUCAUUUCAUCAUCGAAAGAUUGAUUGAACUUUCAUUGGAGGGAAUAUAUUUUGUUUACACAAAUGGACAAUCAAAGUAAACAAUCUAAAAGGGUAAUUAAAAAAAAUGUAGAUAGAUUCUAAUUCUCAUUGUAAGGUUCUUUAUGAAAUGUAUCUAGUUUUGCUCAAAGCAAUAAAAAAGACAGUAAAUGGUAGUGGUUACUCUGUAUACCUUUUCAGUUUUAAGGAAUACCAUGACUAUGCAAUUGUUUGUGUAUAUGAACUUGCAAUCUGAGUGAUUGUUAAAUAUAUUUUAUUUUGUAAAUUAUCAUGUGUGAUGCAGUUCAUCAUGCUGACAGAUAAGGGACACCAAAGUAUUGCUAUAUUGAAUGCUGAAUUAUUACUCACAGAGGGAAAAAACAUUGGGGAUAUGCUUAACAAGAUAUUAUUAUACAUACAAUGUAAUUAUCAUACAUGUAUAUGUAAUCUCUGAUUUUACUUUGCUUUGCUUUGUGUUGAAAUUGGCAGUUUUUAGAAAGCACCUGUUUUAGUAUCUACCUAAACCUCCCAUGUAAUUACCUGUAUAUCUCGUCUUACAAACAUUUAUAGAGGCAUUUGAACAUCUGUGACAAGUUUUCAAAACUUGCUCUCUUUAUGGGGUGAUAGUAACCAAAAUGGAGCUUUGCUGAAAUUAACCUUGACAUAAUAUCAUGUUUUGACUGAUUUAAAAAAAAAUCAUGUGUGUUCUGUAAGACUGUAUUUGAAUGAACGUGGUAUUUUUGUCAGAUGUAUAUUUUAGUUUGGGUUAGUUUAUGAAUCCUGUACCUGGAAAUGAUAUUUUUUUUGUAAUUUAAAUAGCUUUUUUUACUGGCGUAUUACAUGUCAUAAGUAAAAUCCAAUGCUAAAUUGUGCUUGCUUUAAAAAAUUUUUGUGUGCCUAAAACUUACUUGUUUUUUUUAAUACUGUUGUGCAUAUUUCAUUUACAGUUUACAUGUAUUUAAUAUGUCCUUUAGAAGUGUGUAUUUUAACAUUCCAUAUGUGAAAUCCUCAUUAUAAAUUCUUUUCCAUAUCAUUCUUUCUUUAUAAUUGAUACUUUGACUUAGGGGG